AUGCCAGCCUACGAACUCCGAUCCGGUGGUGAUGUCAAGAACAAGAAGCAAAGUGUGGCCGAUCUCAAGUACCGUCGCCUGACAGAGCUCAAUGCCCGUCUAAAGGAGGAUCUCGACCGUCCCCGCGUCAAGGUCUCCGAAGCCGCCUUGUCUCUGAUUAAUUACUGCAACAACACCCGCGACUUUAUGGUACCAUCCGUAUGGGGUCAGGUCGACAAGCGGGAAGACCCAUACGCCCCUCAGCAGCAGGGCGGCUGCUGCACAGUCAUGUAA